UUUCUUUUCACUUCCUCUUUCAGACUCCAGAAUUUGUUUGCCCUCUGGGGUAGAAUCUACCAGGCUUGGAGAGAAGGCUGUGACUGCUGUGCUGUGGGUGCCGGCUCACUCCAGGAGGUGAUGGAAAUCCUGUCAUUCUUACCUGUCCUUGCCAGUGAGAGUGACUGGGCUGACUGCAAGUCCCCCCAGACUUGGGGCCACAUGCUUCUCUGGACAGCUGUGCUAUUCCUAGCUCCUGUUGCUGGGACACCUGCCGCUUCCCCGAAGGCUGUGCUGAAGCUCGAGCCCCCCUGGAUCAACGUGCUCCAGGAGGACUCGGUGACUCUGACGUGCCAGGGGGCUCACAGCCCUGAGAGCGACUCCACUCAGUGGUUCCACAAUGGGAAUCUCAUCUCCACCCAAAAGCAGCCCAGCUAUACCUUCAAGGCCAACAACAAUGACAGCGGGGAAUACAGGUGCCAGACCGGCCGGACCAGCCUCAGCGACCCCGUGCAUCUGACUGUGCUUUCCGAGUGGUUGGCGAUCCAGACCCCUAGGCUGGAGUUCCACGAGGGAGAAACCAUCAUGCUGAGGUGCCACAGUUGGAAAGACAAGCCUCUGGUCAAAGUUACAUUCUUCCAGAAUGGAAAAUCCAAGAAAUUUUCCCGUUUGGACACAAGCUUUGCCAUCCCACAAGCAAACCACAGUCACAGUGGUGAUUACCACUGCACAGGAAGCGUAGGCCACACGCUGCGCUCUUCCAAGCCUGUGACCAUCACUGUCCAAGUGCCCAGCACGAGCUCUCCGUGGAUGGGGAUCAUUGUGGCCGUGGUCGCCGGGAUUGCUGUAGCGGCCAUUGUUGCUACUGCAGUGGCCUUGAUCUACUGCAGGAAAAAGCGGAUUUCAGCUCUCCCAGGAAACCCUGAGCGCAGGGAAAUGGGAGGGACCCUCCCUGAGAAACCAGCCAAUCCUGCUCAUCCUGACGAGGCUAACAAAGCUGGGGCUGAGAACACAAUCACCUACUCACUUCUCAUGCACCCAGAUGCUCCGGAAGAAUUAAUAGAGCCCGAUGACCCGAACCGUAUUUAGUCUCCAUUGUCUUGCCCUGGGAUUUGAGAAGAAAAUCAGAGAGGGAAAGAUCUGGUAUUUCCUGGCCUAAAUUCGCCUUGGGGAGGACGAAGAGAUGCUGCCAUUCCAAAAGAGAAGAACUCUUCCAGAGUCGUCUACCUGAGUCCCGAAGCUCCCUGUCCUGAAAGUCACAGACAAUACGGUCCCAGAUGACCAACUGCACCUUCUGUGCCUCAGCCCUUCUUCACAUCAAGACUUUUCUGUUCCACAUCCACAUAGCCAAUACAAUUAAUCAAACCACUGCUAUUAACAGAUUGUAGCAACAUGGGAAAUGCUUACGUUACAGGUUACAUUAGAACAAUUAUGAAAAUCUAUAUGAUUUCAGAAAUGUUAAAACAGACUAACCUCUACCAACAGAUUAAAAAUGAUUGUUUCUGGGUGAUAAAAUUAUUGAUGAUUUUUAUUUUAUUUUUCUAUAAAGAUUGUGUAUUACUUUUAUAAUAAAACAUUAUAAAAACAA